GUUCUUUGCAAAAGGUUUGUUGCUGGUUCACCCUCCUGCCUCAGCCCAGCCCUGGAAGUUUCCCUCUGCCAGGCAAAACCUUUGUGAGAAGAGAGCAAAGAUGAAAGUAUGUGCUCCUUUCACUCUUGUCUUGGCUCUGACUCUGAGCAGUGACUGUGCAAGGAUGCACUACAAAUCUGGGGCAGGAAGAGGCUCAAAACAUGAGUUCACUCACCCGCAAGUGUUUACAGAGGAUGGAAAUUUAUGCAGAUUUCCUUUCCGGUAUGGUGGAAGAUUUUAUCAUUCAUGUUUAUCAAAUCUAUUUUCAAAAAAAAAAUGGUGUUCAACAACACAUAACUAUGACCGGGACAGGAGGUGGGGACACUGUGUUUUGCUGCCCAAAGACCACUCAGAUCACUGUGCAAACAGCCCUUGCCAAAAUGGAGGGACCUGUUCUCCUUCUCAUGGCCACAGGAUGUAUCACUGUACCUGUCCCCAAGGAUUCACAGGCAAGGACUGUCAGAUAGAGAAAUGUUUUGACAACUCUCUCUACCAGUUCUUUGAUGUGGAUGUCAGCUGGUCAAGAGUCCAACAAGGAGCUGUGGAGCAGUGCAGGUGUCUGAACGGACAGAUCGAGUGCAGACGUGUUGAGCACAGAAGUUGUGUUCAUAAUCCAUGCAUGAAUGGUGGAGAAUGUAAAAUUACCCUCAGUGGGGAAAUGGUAUGUGAUUGCAAAGAAAAUUUUGCAGGAAAGUACUGCAAUAUUGUUCCUUCUCAGAGGUGCUAUCUUGGCAAUGGCUCAGAGUACAGAGGUACAGCAAAAAUGACCAUUUCUGGACACAGCUGCUUGCCUUGGGAUUCAGAUUUGCUUUACCAAGAGCUUCAUGUUGACAGUGUGGAAAAAGCAGUGCAGCUUGGCUUGGGGCACUUCCCCUACUGCAGAAAUCCAGAUGAUGAUGAGAAGCCAUGGUGUUACAUCAUGAAGGACAACAGUUUGUCUUGGGAGUAUUGUGAUGUUGCAUCAUGUGCAAGCAGGGAAAGGAGGCCACCAGUUCCAGACAACACUGACACUUCUGCAGUUACCAGGAGACCAUGUGGCAGAAGACACAAAAAAAGAAGUUUUGUGAGGCCUAGGAUUGUUGGGGGAUCUUCAUCACUGCCUGGAUCUCAUCCCUGGACAGCAGCUAUAUAUAUUGGAGAAAGCUUCUGUGGGGGAAGCCUUAUUCAGACCUGCUGGGUUGUGUCAGCUGCACAUUGCUUUGCUAACAGUCCACUAAAAUCAACUAUUACAGUAGUGCUGGGUCAGCAUCUAUUUAAUAGAACAACUGACGUAACACAGACAUUUGAAAUAGAGAAAUACAUCUUGCAUCCUCAGUAUUCUGUGUUCAACCCUACUGAGCAUGAUAUUGCUUUGAUUAAGCUGAAGAAGAAUGGCCAGCGUUGUGCUGUCAAGUCCCAGUUUGUCCAACCCAUCUGCUUGCCAGAAAGUGACACUGUUUUCCCUGAUCAGUUCAAAUGUCAGAUUUCUGGAUGGGGACACAGGCAUGAGAAUAUUACUGGUUAUUCAGAUAUCCUUCAAGAAACACUGAUUCCAAUUAUUUCUGAGGAGAAGUGCAGAAGUCCUGAAGUUUAUGGCGCAGAAAUCACUGAAAAUAUGUUCUGCGCUGGCUACCUUGAUAGCAAAUCUGAUGCUUGUCAGGGAGAUUCUGGUGGACCUCUGGCCUGUGAGAAAAAUGAAAUCUCCUACCUCUAUGGAGUUAUCAGCUGGGGAGAUGGCUGUGGCAGAGUCAACAAACCUGGAGUAUACACACGAGUGACAAACUAUUUGAACUGGAUUAAUGAGAAAAUACCCCCCCGAAGAACUAGCUGAACAGUUAAACAUGCAAACAUUUGAAACAGUUCAGGAGUCUUAGGGUUUCAUUGAAGUCGCACAAAUAUUUUAUUAUAAACUACUAUGAAAACUGUCACAGUAAUUAGCAAUUCCAAACCACACCACCAAACAUAGGCCUCCACCCUUGGUCUAGAUUGUUAGGAUUGUAGGGGAAUGCAGGUGAGGCUAUUCCUCAGCUAACUGCAACAAAAUAGUUCUGGGGAAAAACUAGAACGUUUAGGUUUUGAUUCAGCCAAACGUGUUAGGAUAUUUUUAUGUUCCGUGGACAUAAAAUCAGGAACCAUGCUUCAGAGUUCUGCUCUGCAAUUUUGCAUAAAAGUUAAUGCAACACCUCCUGAGAGCACUGUCUGGUGAAAAAAUGCUGGAAUUCAGAGCACCUCAUUUCAGGCUGAUGCACUCAGGACCUUUUGCAGACUGUGAGAUGCUCCUCACACUGAGGAUAGCAGUGGAAAUACUUCAUCUUGGUGAUAAAUGCCUGAAUGUUUCCUAAAAUUGGCAGUGUUUUGAAAGGGCCUUAGAUUUUGUAGUAACACUUUGUUCAGCUGUUUAGAUAAUUCAGAAAGAAUGUUUCUGUUAAUAGAUUUGUAAACUGGAUGGCUAGGGGAACAGCUUGACAUUUUCCUUGGAAGUUUGGUGAUAUAAACUACAGGCUUUGCUGACAUGGUCUAUGGAAUUGUUAUGGGAAUAAUCAAAGAAAUCAUUACAAUAUAAAGCUGUUUAGAAGCUGUGUAAGCAAAAAAGGCAAAAAUUAUUCAAUAAACAAAACUUAGUCUGAAAAAGAAGAAUGGAAAAUGACACAUUUCUUUUUUAAAUACAGGGAACCUUUAGCCAUGUCAGAUGUGUAUGUUUGGAAGUGUUGAUGUGAAAUGUGAUAGUGAAUGUUUUUUAUUAUUAUCUGAAGUGUUUCAAGUAAAGUCAUUCUUUAAUAUGGAGAAUUUUAAUGUGGUGCUUGGAUACACAGAUGGGUGUUUUGUUUUACAGUACUGGCAGUGUCUGCAUGGGUUUCUAAGUUGUGGUAAGGGAUUUUCACAGUUAAAAGAAACUUUGUAAUAACCAAAACCUAAAUUUGUGUAAGUACAAACAUUUAACAAUGAUAAUCUAGAUAAAUGAUGUAAACUGUUUAAUAAAAAUAUUUACCCUUGG